GUACAUGACCGGCAUCGACUAAUCAGAACCAGACUCGAUGAGGCUUUGUCUCCCGACCGCGCGCGGGGCGGAAUCUCCCGCCUCCCAGCUCGCGCGCACGCGCGCCCCGCCCUGCCUUCCUUCCCUCCCGCGCCCUCCCCUCUCCUUUCUCCCUCUCAGAACCUUCCUGCCGCUGCGUUCGGACCUCGCUGCUCCAGCCUCUGGAGCACAUUCCAUUCUUUCAGUCUGCGACCUGCAGAGGAAAAAUAAAAUUACGUAUUUUCUUGCCCUGUACAUACCUUGAGGCGAGCCAUAAAAUUAAAGUAAAUCUUAACCAUGAGGGAAAUCGUGCAUAUCCAGGCCGGUCAGUGUGGCAACCAGAUCGGUGCAAAGUUCUGGGAGGUGAUCAGUGAUGAACAUGGCAUCGACCCCACCGGUACCUACCACGGGGACAGCGACCUGCAGUUGGACCGUAUAUCCGUGUACUACAAUGAAGCCACAGGUGGCAAAUACGUUCCCCGUGCUAUACUAGUGGAUCUAGAACCUGGGACCAUGGACUCUGUUCGCUCUGGUCCUUUUGGGCAAAUCUUCAGACCAGACAAUUUUGUUUUUGGUCAGUCUGGGGCGGGCAACAACUGGGCAAAGGGCCACUAUACAGAGGGGGCUGAGUUGGUUGAUUCUGUCCUGGAUGUGGUACGCAAAGAGGCUGAGAGCUGUGACUGCCUGCAGGGCUUCCAGCUGACCCACUCGCUGGGCGGGGGCACAGGCUCUGGAAUGGGCACCCUCCUCAUCAGCAAGAUUCGAGAAGAGUAUCCUGACCGCAUCAUGAACACCUUCAGUGUGGUGCCCUCACCCAAAGUGUCAGACACUGUGGUUGAGCCCUACAAUGCUACCCUCUCUGUCCAUCAGUUGGUAGAGAACACUGAUGAGACCUACUGCAUUGACAACGAGGCCCUCUACGAUAUCUGCUUCCGCACCCUCAAGUUGACCACACCAACCUACGGGGAUCUAAACCACCUCGUCUCAGCCACCAUGAGCGGUGUCACCACCUGCCUCCGCUUCCCUGGCCAGCUCAAUGCUGACCUCCGCAAGCUGGCAGUCAACAUGGUGCCCUUCCCACGUCUCCACUUCUUCAUGCCUGGCUUUGCCCCUCUCACCAGCCGUGGAAGCCAGCAGUAUCGGGCUCUCACAGUCCCUGAACUCACCCAGCAGGUCUUCGAUGCCAAGAACAUGAUGGCUGCCUGUGACCCCCGCCAUGGCCGGUACCUCACCGUGGCUGCUGUGUUUCGCGGACGGAUGUCCAUGAAGGAGGUAGAUGAGCAGAUGCUCAACGUGCAGAACAAGAAUAGCAGCUACUUUGUGGAAUGGAUCCCCAACAAUGUCAAGACAGCUGUAUGCGAUAUCCCGCCUCGUGGCCUCAAGAUGGCAGUCACCUUCAUCGGCAACAGCACAGCCAUCCAGGAGCUCUUCAAGCGUAUCUCCGAGCAGUUCACUGCAAUGUUCCGCCGGAAGGCCUUCCUCCACUGGUACACAGGUGAGGGCAUGGACGAGAUGGAGUUCACUGAGGCUGAGAGCAACAUGAACGACCUCGUCUCUGAGUAUCAGCAGUACCAGGAUGCCACCGCAGAAGAAGAGGAAGAUUUCGGUGAGGAGGCCGAAGAGGAGGCCUAAGGCAGAGCCCCCAUCACCUCAGGCUUCUCAGUUCCCUUAGCCUUCUCCUCAUCUGCCCCUUUCCUCUCCCUCAGAAUUUGUGUUUGCUGCCUCUUUUUUUUUUCCCCUUGGGGGGGGUCUAGAACAGUGCCUGGCCACAUAAUAGGCGCUCAAUAAAUAUUUGUUUGUUGAAUGUCUCCUCUCUCUUUCCACUUUGGGAAAUCUAGAUUUCUGCCAUUCUCGGUAACCUUGUAUUUCCUUCUGGUGCCUACUCUCAUCUGUCCAGUUAACAUUUUCCCAUUUCAGAAAUAAUUCUCCAAGAAGUUGGGUCUCAUCCAAAUCCCAUUUAAAACUACUCCGUUACCAAAAACCCCGAUAAUGGCCACCAUCCUAAGCCCAAGAGCAGCAAAGGUGUGGAAAGCAAAAGGUAGGUAGAAGUAACUAUAAGGAAUGAGAUGAAAUCUUCCAUUCUAGGACGGUUUGGGAGAGGGAAAUCCAGGCUAUUCAAGUUAUAUUAUACAGAUAUUUUUAUGUUCCAUUCCUCAGCUUCAAGGGAGGUGUUACCAAGUAUUAUCUCCAUUUUCAGUCUUCCUCCAAACUGUCCUGAGGAGGGGUCUGCAUCACUCUUUGAAGAAAGCCAAGAUCCUUCUCUCACAUAUUAGAAUUUCUCUUUUGCCUUGGUUGGAGAGAAGGGUUGAUUAAGAGGGACCACCCUUGGUUCCUGAGCCCCCAAAAAUGCCCUCCCCAUUGCCAGUUUCUUACUCCCCAAAAUGAGUAACAUCAUUGACCUAAUGUGGAAAGGUGAUGCUGCCACUUGAAUGUUAGUCAUUCUCCAGAGGAGAGAGGACAAGACACCCUCCACCUUUUUUGCAAAUCUCCCCUCUCUUGCUGUUGCCUUCCCCCCACCCACCCUUGGUUUUGUCCCUUCCUACACUUCAGAUUUCUAUUUUGUGUUGAACUUGCUUUUUUUCAUAUUGAAAAGAUGACAUUGCCCCAAGAGCCAAAAAUAAAUGGGAAUUGAAAAAGU